GUUGUUCUGUCACGUCACGUCUUGCCUGGCUGUUGGAAGCUUAGAAGAUGGCUGUGAACAAAUGUAUCAAGUACCUACUCUUUGUUUUCAACCUACUGUUCUGGAUGAGUGGAUGCAUCAUCCUUGGGGUCUCCGUCUACCUCAAAGUGAACCCUGUGUUCGGAGGGUUGUUACCGGGGCUGAACCUGCUGAUAUCCGUCGGUACCAUCAUCACGGUGCUUGGCUUCCUGGGCUGCUUUGGAGCCGUCAGGGAAAGUCGCGUCUUGCUCAUGCUCUUCUUCGUCGGGCUGCUCCUCAUCUUCAUCCUCCUGAUGAUCGUUGGAAUCCUGGGAGCUGUCGGAUUGAAGAAGUUUGAGGAAUGGUUGACGGAGCAGCUGCUACCGCUGAGCAACCAGUCGUCUUUGUUCCAGACGUUCAUGCAGAAACUGGAAGAGCAGGCAAAGUGUUGUGGACUGAUCCAUGGACCUUCAGACUGGGGCUCAACAGUCCCCGUCUCUUGUGACUGCCAUGACACCAGUCAGGAGUGCAAACUCGCAGAUGGACGACGCAAAGUGUACUUGAGACCUUGUAUCAAGUUGGUGACGUCAGUCAUGGCGAAGGGUACAUUCAUCACCCUGGGGAUUGCAUUUGGCAUCGCAGGCUUGAUGAUCUUUGGAAUGGCCUUCGCCAUGACCCUGUUUUGCCAGAUUGGGGAGACGUAUACCACCUUAACAUAGGUAAAACUGCACUAUACCAUACCACCUUAACCUAGGUACAUCUACACUAUACCAUACCACCUUAACCUAGGUACAUCUACACUAUACCACCUUAACCUAGGUACAUCUACACUAUACCACCUUAACCUAGGUACAUCUACACUAUACUAUACCACCUUAACCUAGGUACAUCUACACUAUACUAUACCACCUUAACCUAGGUACAUCUACACUAUACUAUACCACCUUAACCUAGGUACAUCUACACUAUACCACCUUAACCUAGGUACAUCUACACUAUACCACCUUAACCUAGGUACAUCUACACUAUACUAUACCACCUUAACCUAGGUACAUCUACACUAUACCACCUUAACCUAGGUACAUCUACACUAUACCACCUUAACCUAGGUACAGCUACACUAUACUAUACCACCUUAACCUAGGUACAUCUACACUAUACUAUACCACCUUAACCUAGGUACAUCUACACUAUACCACCUUAACCUAGGUACAUCUACACUAUACUAUACCACCUUAACCUAGGUACAUCUACACUAUACCAUACCACCUUAACCUAGGUACAUCUACACUAUACCACCUUAACCUAGGUACAGCUACACUAUACCACCUUAACCUAGGUACAUCUACACUAUACCACCUUAACCUAGGUACAUCUACACUAUACCAUACCACCUUAACCUAGGUACAUCUACACUAUACCACCUUAACCUAGGUACAUCUACACUAUACCACCUUAACCUAGGUACAUCUACACUAUACCACCUUAACCUAGGUACAUCUACACUAUACCACCUUAACCUAGGUACAGCUACACUAUGCUAUACCACCUUAACCUAGGUACAGCUACACUAUACUAUACCACCUUAACCUAGGUACAUCUACACUAUACCACCUUAACCUAGGUACAUCUACACUAUACCACCUUAACCUAGGUACAUCUACACUAUACCACCUUAACCUAGGUACAGCUACACUAUACUAUACCACCUUAACCUAGGUAAUCUACACUAUACCACCUUAACCUAGGUACAGCUACACUAUACUAUACCACCUUAACCUAGGUACAUCUACACUAUACUAUACCACCUUAACCUAGGUACAGCUACACUAUACCACCUUAACCUAGGUACAUCUACACUAUACCAUACCACCUUAACCUAGGUACAUCUACACUAUACCACCUUAACCUAGGUACAUCUACACUAUACCACCUUAAGCUAGGUACAGCUACACUAUACUAUACCACCUUAACCUAGGUACAGCUACACUAUACCACCUUAACCUAGGUACAGCUACACUAUACUAUACCACCUUAACCUAGGUACAUCUACACUAUACUAUACCACCUUAACCUAGGUACAUCUACACUAUACCACCUUAACCUAGGUACAUCUACACUAUACCACCUUAACCUAGGUACAUCUACACUAUACCACCUUAACCUAGGUACAGCUACACUAUACUAUACCACCUUAACCUAGGUACAUCUACACUAUACUAUACCACCUUAACCUAGGUACAUCUACACUACACUAUACCACCUUAACCUAGGUACAUCUACACUAUACUAUACCACCUUAACCUAGGUACAGCUACACUAUACCACCUUAACCUAGGUACAGCUACACUAUACUAUACCACCUUAACCUAGGUACA